UUUUUUUUUUUUUUUUUUUUUUUUUUUUUUUUUCCAGUUUUCCUCGCCUAACAUCUGAAAUAAACACACGCAGUUCACACACCACUUUCUCUCUCUAUCUAUACACACACUUCCUUUCUCGCGUUCUCUUUCUCUCUGCGCCUUUGUAUGUACUUGUGCAUACACGUGCAGCUCUGCUCGCUGAAGGUGUGAAGUUUUGACGAGUUGGACGGCGGAGUUUUGGGUUGUUGACGGUUUCUGCUCCGGAGAUUUUAGGGUGUUCGGGGCCUAGGGUUAUGAAGGAGAGGGUGGCCGUUCGAUUAGGGUUGAGUUGAGGGGAAUCAACGGUGAGGAUUUCGUCUCCGGAUGGAGGGAGGUAGCGUCUCUACACUUACUUCUUCUGGGAUACACAGAUGGACUAUAAUGACAAUGACUAUGAAGGCCAGAAUCUUCACUUAGCUGGUGAAGAGAGCUCUAAAAUUUCUGUUUUGAGACCCUUUGCUCUACCCAAGUUUGAUUUUGAUGACAGUCUCCACGGGCAUUUGAGAUUUGACAGUUUAGUUGAAAACGAAGUUUUUCUUGGUAUUCCAAGUCAGGAAGACAACCAUUGGAUUGAAGAUUUCUCUCGGGGAGGUAAUGGAAUAGAGUUCAGCUCCAGUGCAGCAGAAUCUUGUGCUUUGCGGAGACAUAUCAAUGUCUGGUCUGAGGCAACAUCAUCUGAAUCUGUUGAAAUGUUAUUGAAGGCAGUUGGACAGGAAGAAAUGGUCCCUGGUGAAAAGAUGAUUGAGGAAUCAGAUCCAGGUGAGACAAGACUAAUAGAGAAUAAUUCGAGGGAUGCUCAUAAAGUUGAUGAUGUUGACGAUGGGAUUCCUUCAUUACCCCCAGCUGAAGUUGUUGGAUUUUCUUCUAGUUCAAAUCAAUCAUCAGGAGUUGAAAUCAAUCACACUGAAUGUACUUUACAGGUUCAGGAGACAAAACUUUCCUCUUAUGCAGUAGGUAUUGAUAACAAAGAUAGUAGUUUAAUUGUGGCCAUGGGAAACUCGAGCAUUGGAGUGCAGAGGGAUGACAAUAAGCAAGGGGAAACUUGUGUUUUGGUGGAUGAGUCUCUGUCCCAUCAAAUGCAAGAAGACCUACCAAUUCAUGGAAAAGAGAUUGACAAUACUAAGAGCUCUUCUAAGAAUUUUGAUGUUAAUGCUAGGGAGUCAGUUGACCAGGACAAAACUAGCAGUGCCAAAUUUAGUUCAAGUUGUACAGUGAAAAGUACUUACAGUCCUGUUGAGGAGCAGGACAAAGGAUGUAAUGAAACUCAUGCAAAAUUGAGUGGGAUUUCUCUUGAAAUCAAUGAUAUCGAUAAGCCUCGUUCUCAUGAAACUACUUCAAGUAUGCAGUCCCAGAAACACGAGCAUGGAGUUGAUACUAGCAUUGCUACUAUGGUGGAAGUAUCUAAUGUGCAUUCGGUAGAAGAGUCGGUAUCCAAAGAUGAUGGGUGUAAUAAGGUUGCAUUUGUUGUUGAACCUGCAGCAAGUCAACAUAGUGCUGUCUCAGGCCCAGAGAUUAAGCAGCUGUCUGAAAGUGAUGUCAUGUUACAUGAGAGGUCUUCUAUUGUGCAUCAGGAAGAAGGUAUUGAGGUGCUUGGUAUAGGAGGCAAUGAUGCUGUCACCCCUGCAUUCAAUGGCAGUAAUGAAAUGAAGCAGGGUACUGCUAUCCAAUCACCAGAAAGCCACAAAACUCUUGUUGGAAAGGAAGAUGUAUCUGCUGAAAGUAAGAGUUCUCCUGAGGCUCCAUGUGCUACAUCUGGGUCCACUGUGUUACAUGAGGUACUAGGCAAUCCUUCUGAGAAGGACAAGGACCAUAAAACUGAUGACGCAGCAGGCGAUUCUGGUCUAUCAAUAGGUUCUAUAGUUUCUAGAGAAUGUUCUGAGAAAUCAGUCGCUGAUGGUAUGGAAGAUUCUCGAAACAUUCCUGAACCACAGAAAGAGAAAAUAGAUGAUGGGGGUGGUGUGCACCCUCCGUUACUGGGUGAGAGCAUAUGGACAUGCAAGAAAGAUAUUGUCUCUAUGCAGGUUGAGGCUCACGAAACUGGUGGAAAUGUUUCUGCCCAUGAGGAAGAAAGCGAGAAGUUGCCUCUUGAUUCACAUAAGAUGGUCCUUGAUGAUGUUGAAAAAGAAGUUGGAUCCAGUUGUCCUGCAGGGCCAGUUGAAGUCCAGAAAACUACUGGAUCAAAACUUGAUAGUUCUGUUGGGAAUUAUCCAGCAUUGAAUACUGAGGUUGAAGGUAAAAACUUGGCAGCAUCACCUGUUGAAGGCAAUCAAAUAGUUGACUCUCGCGAGCAUAACCCUCCUUCAUCUGAUAUGGAGCACAAGGACCAGAGUAGAGAAAUCGAGUCUGAAGCUAUUAAAAAACCAAGUUCUUCAGCUUCAAAGGAGUCACUGGAUAAAGAUGAGCUUUCCCCUGCUACUGAAAUUGAUACGGAUGUUAUUGCUGCUUCUGUAGCUGGAGAAAUAAAGACAAGCAAUCAAUCUGUUUCCCUUUUAGAGACUUCCAGUGACAACAUUCCUGGUGAAGCCUCCAAGGAGUUAACUAAAAUGAUGGAUCAUCCAGCCAACACUUUAGUAGCUCAAAAUGAUGGUAUUGAUGCUGCACCUUCUAAAGAACAAAUCGUAACAGAAACAGAAAGAAACAUCACAGAAAAUUCUUCAAAAUUGUCAGUUACCAGCAGUACUGUAGAAAUUGAUAAAUCUAACAAGGAUGCUGUCCCCAGUGCUAGUUGUUCUGACCUUUCACAAAUUGAAGUAAACAAGCAUGCUUCUCCUAAUAGCAUCAACAUUGAAAGUUUUGGCAAAACAUUAAAAAGAUCUGAGACUUCAGGAGUCAAUGAGCCAUGCAAAGAAGAUGAGACCUUUACCUUCGACACCAGGCCUUUGGGAGGUCAAUCUACCGAAGAUGCUGGCAAGAGUUUGCAAUCAUUUCAGGGACUUCAAGCUUGUAAAAUGCUGACUGGCGAAGGAUUGCCUGCAGCUUCUGUUUGCAGCCAGACAGAUCCAAUUGUUGUGAAGGAAACUUCUCAUGUUGGUUCCUCAACUCCUGGUGUUUGCCCACCAUCUGGAGGUGUUGGAGCUACCUCUGAGCGUAAAUCAAGACGUGGCGGUAGUAGAUCUGGAAAGGGAAGUUUAAAAAAGGGAAAUCUAGUAAAAGAAACAUCUCCACUGAAGCAGACUGAAAAGGGGGACAAAUCAUCUCUGUUUUCUAGUCCAUUAAGUGCUGGUCCACUCAUGACGUUUGAAACUGGCGUGAAGCCAAGAGGGCCUGUUGCAAUUCCUACAUCCAGCUUGCCUGAUCUAAACACUUCCGCUCCCUCAUCUUCGUUCUUUCAGCAGCCUUUCACAGAUUUGCAACAAGUGCAACUUCGAGCCCAAAUCUUUGUUUAUGGAUCUCUUAUACAAGGAGCAGCACCUGAUGAAGCUUGUAUGGUUUCAGCCUUUGGUAUGUCUGAAGAUGGAGGCAGGAACGCUUGGGAGCGGUCUUGGCGUGCUUGUGUAGAAAGGCUUCAUGCUCAGAAAUCCCAGGGUAAUAAUACUGGGACUCCUGUACCCUCACGUUCUGAUGUAGGUGCUAAAGCUCCAGAUCAAAAUAAUAGACAAGGUUUUCCUCAAAGUGACGUUCUUUCCUCAACAGCUGGUCGGCCAAGUAUCAAAGCCAUCCCUUCUCCAGUUAACCCUGCGAUCCCUCUCUCAUCGCCCUUGUGGAACAUAUCUACUCCAUCUGGGGAGGCUCUGCCACCAGGUAGCAUGGCUAGAAGUGCUGGGGUUGAUUAUCAGGCUGUUUCUCCUUUGAAUCCUUAUCAGACACCACCUAUACGGAGUUACAUUCCGCAUUCAACUUGGCCAGCGCAAGCCCCUCCUGGUCCCUUCCCAGUGCCGUGGCUUGCCUCUUCACAAAGUUCUCCCUUUGAAAUCAGUACUAGCUAUCCCACAUUCCCAAUUACAGAACCAGUAAAACUAACAGCAGUUAAAGAAUCACCCUUCCCUAUUACCUCUGGCAUAAAGCAUGCUCCUCCUAUUCCUACAACUAAUACUGGAGCAACUGCUGUGGUAGCUGGGGCUUCUUCACUUGACUUGAAAAAGGUUAAAGCAUCAUCUGGACAGACUGGUGAGACAAAAACUAGAAAGAGGAAAAAGUCUUCUGGUUCUGAGGAUGUUGUACAGGUAUCAUCUGCCACUGCUCCUCUAUCAGAUGCUGUCUCUGCUCAUGCAGUACCUAGCCAGGUAUCUAACAAGGUUCCUGCAGCCGAAGAUCUAAGUCGGAUCACUUUCAUAGCUCAGAAUCAAGUAGGAUUAGUGCCUAGACCUGUUGUUGGUAGUUGUUAUUCUACAUCUGUUGCCGUCUCAACACCUUCUAGCUUUGCACCUAAAGGCCCCCCCUCCAACCAAGCUUUUCCUGUGGUAACACCAUCAAUUUCAAGUGGUCAAUUCAGUAAAGGUGAUUUAAAUAUGGAUAAAAGGGCUUUCAAUGCUGAGGGUUUUAGCAAAGUUGAGGAGGCUAAGUUGCAAGCACAGGAAGCUGCUGCUCAUGCUGCUACUGCCAUAAGUCACUGUGAUGGUGUUUGGAGCCAAUUGGAACUGCAAAAAAGUUCUGGCUUGUCAACAGAUGCUGAGUCUAAAUUGGUGUCUGCUGCUGCUGCUAUAGCAGCUGCUGCGUCUGUUGCGAAGGCAGCAGCUGCAGCUGCUAAGAUUGCAGCAGAUGCUGCAGUGCAAGCAAAACAAAUGGCAGAUGAAGUAUUGACCAAGUCUGGAACUUCCGCUACCACUGAGUUUGAUUCUAGUUUUGUAUAUAAUUCCAUGAAUUUGGUUAAUGCGUCGCCUACAUCCAUCUUAAAGGGUGGCGAGCGAAAUAAUGCUCCCAGUUUAGUGAUAUCUGCUGCUAGAGAAGCUGCUAGGAAGAGAAUUGAGGCUGCUUCAGCUGCCACCAGGCAUGCCGAAAAUCUUGAAGCCAUUCUCAAGGCAGCUGAAUUGGCUGCAGAAGCUGUUGCACAUGCUGGAAAAGUUGUUGCUAUGGGUGAUCCUUUCUCUUUGACUGCUCUAGCGGAAGCGGGGCCAAGUAAUUAUUGGAAAGUGCCGCAUGUAGCUGGUAUCCCUAAUUCAAAAUCAAAUGACAUGAGUAAAGAUAAAUCUAUCAGUAGCAAUGCUGAGGAAGUGCCUGGUGUUUAUAAUCAACAUGAGGGACCUGAUAAGGAUGUACGUGUUACAAGUCAUAAUAUGUCUCCUACUCAAAGAGGGUCAUCAAAAGACGACAGUAAUCGUGUCACAGUAGAUGAGAACAUUAUACCCACUGUCAAGCAUGGGGAGAAAAGUUCUAAACCUCACGAUGACAGAACAUUAUCCGACUCGGCUAAAACUACGUCUAUUGUUCCUGAUCCAGAUAUUGAAUCAAGAUCAAACGUAUCAUCCACAAGCAUGAGAGAGGGUUCUCUUGUUGAGGUUCUUAACAAUCGUGGUGAUUCAAAGAAGGCCUGGUUCUCAGCUAGUGUACUGAGUUUGAAGGAUGGUGAAGCGCUUGUUUGUUAUGAUGGACUACAAUCGGAUGAAGGAUCUGAGCCACUCAAGGAGUGGAUAUCGAUACAAGCUAAAGAUAGUGAUGCUCCUAGAAUACGUGUUCCCCAUCCUAUGACUGGUGUGCAACUUGAAGGAACAAGGAAGAGACGCCGUGCUGCUGUCAAAGACUACACUUGGUCUGUUGGAGACCAAGUUGAUGUAUGGGUGCAGGAUUGCUGGCGUGAAGGCAUUAUCGCGGAAAAGAAUAAGAGAGAUCCAACUUCAUUGAGUGUCCAAUUUCCAGCUCAAGAAGAGACAUUAGCGGUCAAAGUGUGGCAUCUUCGACCGUCUUUAGUUUGGAGUGAAGGCGAAUGGACUGAAUGGUGCAGAACAGGGCAAGAUGACACUCAAAAGGGCGAUACACCAGCUGAGAAGCGACCAAAGCUGGGAAGCACCACUAUAGAGGCAAAAGGGAAAGCUAAGUUGGCUAAAAACAUUGAUUUUACAGAAGUCAGGGGAAAUGAAGAACCAAAAUUGCCUUUGUCUGCUAAUGAAAAAGUUUUUAGUAUUGGCAGUACGAAGGAGGAGAAUAAACUGAACAUGGCUCGGACAAUGAGGUCUGGUUUGGAGAAAGAAGGAUCCAGAGUUGUAUUUGGUGUCCCUAAACCUGGGAAGAAGAGAAAAUUCAUGGAAGUAAGCAAGCAUUAUGUUUCUGAUAGGAUCUCCAAGACUAAUGUGCCUAAUGAUUCGGUGAAGUUAUCCAAGUUUCUGAUACCUCAAGGAUCAGGGUCUCGGGGAUUCAAAAGCACUUCCAAGGAUAAACAAGUAGCUGAUUCUAAAACAAGACCACUUAAGUCUGGGAAACCACCAAGUAUUCCAAGUAGAACUUUAGAACGGAGAGAUGACUCUGCUUCUACACGAUCUAAUGCACGUACUGCAUCAUCAGAUCAUAUAGCAAAGGAGUCUACGAGCAAUGAUGAGAAUGAAUCAUCUGAACAAAACAUUGCUGAAGUUGAGGAAGCUGCUCAAGGAGCUAUGGUAUUCACUUCUCAAGCUCCAUCUCAAGAAAUCCGUAAGAAAGCAGUGAGGAGUACUAAAUCUGAGCGUCUCAACCAAGGGAAACUUGCUCCUGCUAGCAGAAAAUCAGCAAAAGAGGAAGCAACUGAAAAGUUAAUAUCGGAAGUCUCUGAACCCCGCCGUUCAAAUCGCCGAAUUCAGCCAACAUCACGGCUAUUGGAAGGCUUGCAAAGUUCGCUGAUAAUUUCGAAAAUCCCAUCGUCUUCACAUGACAAGGGGCACAGGAGUCACACCAAAGCCACAGUCCGAGGUAAGAAUUACCGGAGGCCUAGCAGAUUUGACUAAUAAGUCUCUUUACAUCUAGUGAAGAAUUUCGAAAAAACUGAAUACAUUUUUGUUUCUUGCUAGGGAAUAACAAUCGUGGUUGACAGGGAUAUUAUCCCAACGACUCGUUUCUGGCUGAUGAUUGACCAAAUUCUCCUCCUGUAGUUGCUCUCUGUAGAUUUAUUUGUCAUGAAUAAUUGAGGAUGCAAAUGCUCAGUUCCUAUGUUGCAGAUGUAAAAUUUAGGCCGUAGAUGUCAAUAUCGGUUUUUAGUUGGCAUACAGAAAUAGGUUUCAACUAUCCCUUGAGCCAAAUAGAUUGUAUAUGGAACUUGUCUUAGCUUUGCAGUAAAUGUUGCAGAGAAGUCUAAUUUAACCAAUUUGCAUGUUUGCUAGUAUUGUGAUUUCUGAGGUUUACUUGCACAUUAUCCUUUGUUUUCUGCCUGGAGAAGGGAAAUCAAUGAAACAUGUCCAUACGUUUGAUGUUUGAGGUGAA